CACGCGGAGCGGCAGUGCAUCUCUACAGGCGGUUAGCGGCUGAUGCGGGAUGUUUUCUGAGGAGACCUGAGGAGCUCACGGGAGACGCUUUGGACUUUUUGACAUUUUCAUUUUCUGAUGUUUCAUGUGUGAUGGCUAAUGUGUCGUCGGUUGAUGUGGGAGUUUUGUUUCUCAUCGUGGUGACAGCGUCUUUGGCAAACGCAGGAUCCUCAUCUAGCAAAGAUGUGAGCGAGAGGAAGGAGGUGGAGGCGGCCGCGGUCAAACUGCUCCUCACCGGUGGAGCGAAGCCCUGCUUCGCCUGCGACCCGCCGGGCGCCAGGAGGCGUUCCAAGAGGUGCACGUGUUACUCUUACAAGGACAAGGAGUGUGUGUAUUACUGCCACCUGGACAUCAUCUGGAUCAACACGCCAGAGUACACUGUACCAUACGGUAUGUCCAGUUACCAGGGCUCCCUGCGUGGGAGACGCUCCACUGAGGCUGAUCAGCGGAGGAGGUGGGAGGUGGCCCAGCGCUGUGUGUGCACACAGCAGACCGACUCUCACUGCAGCCGCUUCUGCUUGGACAGCAGGCAGAAGAGGCCGGCCCUAUCAGCGCCUAAGACAGACCAGAGGACAGCAUCUCUGCGCAGUGGGCCUGAAAUGGACGUAUAAGUGACAUGCUCUUGAUCUAGAAAAUGGACAUGACUUGUCUUUUACAUAAGGCAUCCCUUUAUUGCUCAGUGCCUGGUCACCAGACCGACGGAGGUAUAACCGCAAAGCUACUUGCACAAAAACAGCCUGUGUCUGCUCAGCAGGUGUGGACAAUGUUUUUCAUUAUUUGGUCACGGCUGAGGAAUGGUUCACAUGGCCCACUUGUGUCCACCAUGAAAGACUUUGGUAGAGCUCACACGUGUCCAUGCCGCGUGAUGUGGAGGCCACUUUAAGAGCGUCUGCCAUCCGACUCCACCACCUCGCAUGCUGUUAAAACAUUACAUUCUUUAAGAAUUCACAACUUGUCGCAGUCACUGAAACGUCCAAUAUAUUAUUUUAUUUUUUAUUAGGUUGUUCCAUUAGUUUCAACAGUAACCGUUGAAAGCAUUUCAGUGAAACGCUCCACUUUUCCGUGAGAUUUAUUGGAGGUAAAGGGACCUUUAUUAAGCUGUAUCCAAGUGUUGUGAAUAUGAAAUGUGUUUCAAUAUAUAUAGGCUCUAAAUUAUAUUUUCGUACAAUACGUAUAUGUACAAUAAAGGUGUAUAAUAAGAUGUUGUAUGUAGAAUUAUAUAUGUGAUCAUGCUAAUCAACAUUCCUCUGGUAAAGAACCCAGUCAAGUAAAGAAACUUACCAUGUACCACACAGGAAAUGUACGGGGCACGAUAUGUAUUGUCUGUUUAUUCUUGUAAUGUUUGAGCCUCUAACUAUUUCCCCAAUCAACCGACCAUCUGCACACUAAGGACCUUUACACACCGGGGGCGUGACGAAUACAUGACACAAAAAUGCUGAAUACUCGCCUGCGAAUAUUAUAUGACUAGAGCUUUUAUUGUGAAAGGUAAGAUCUGGUAUGCUCUGCCUUUGUCAAGGUUGAAAGGAGUAACACAGUUCGAAAUUUUGUGUUAUUGUUUUAUGAAUAUAGGAGCAACUCAUCCUCUUCCACACAACGUGAUUGGUUCAUGCCUUUAUUCGUUGUGCAAAGGCGAGAAAAAAACCUGACCGUCUUUUUGCUGCGUAAUAUUCAUAUUUUGUGUAAAAGUAUUCCCUUUGACAAAAACAACUGGCCUUUACACCCCCCGGUGUGUAAAGGCCUUAAGGCCCUGACCAGACAGAGCAUGUUGUGCAGGUGGAAAACGUGAGGCGCACAGCACUGCCAUUUUUAUAUCCGAUUUUUUUUAUUGUUGCUUGGCGAGUGCUAAUGUUAGCUCAACACAAACCAUGAACUGAAAGCUUCCUAAUAGUUAAUAGUACAGUUUACAUUAAUGAAAAGAAUUUACCCAAAUUCUUAAAUACCACGCUACUUUCACUUCAGGCUGAUCAUGAUAACUAUGGUUGGUGAAGUUAUACAGCUCUGGGUAUCCAACAAAAAUCACCACACUGAAGUUGGGCCUUGUUUCCGCUCCGAGUCUAAUCUUUCUCAGCGUGAGGCAUUCAGGGCACUCUUGCAAAAAUGCAAGACGCAUAGAGCGGAAAAACAUCCCGCAAUGCUCGGCAAUGCAAAAGCAGUGCGCACAACGCUUCACUCGUUGAAAGUGAUUACAAAAUGCUGCAUCAGGCUGCUGAAACUGUCUGAUCAGGGCCUAGAGAUGUUAAGAGUGACAGAUAGAACUAGUGGUUUGUUGUCAGAUGGGCAUCAGCAAAGUGCCCCCCAUUAUUCCGUUUCAGUCUGACAAAAGAAGCACAUUGAUGUCUUGCUUAAUGUUUGAAAUAUUCUGAUGCACAUCUGGCUUUAUUUAAAGAUGUACUGCACACUUACAUGUGUUUUUCGACCUGCAAACUCAAUGAUAUGACUACUGUGAUGAAAUGCAUCACUGCUGGUGUUGAUAUUGGCUAUAUCAUUGUUAAUAUUGAAUUUCUUUCCAAAUGUAUAAAAAUCUGUAUUUCAUUGGUUGAAAACCCCUUUUACCACCUUGUUUAGCAUUUUCAAAAUGAUGGGGUGGGUGGAGUUAGGCUUGCACCUGUGGGUGAAGUUACACUUAAAGCAUUUCAAAUGAAAUUGCCCCUGACUUGAUGUGCCUGGAUAAAUGGUCUCUGAUCAACCAUGUUUGGUUAGUUUGAUCAGAGACUCCCUUUACAUCCAUACUGAGUUCAUAUAAGGAGACACUGACACUUGUCCUUGAACAAUAUGUCCAUAAUGAUAUCAUGCUUUCCGGUAAUUCCAAUACAUAUAUACAGUAGGCGGGAUAACACUAAUGAUUUGUGGGUCAUAUAUUGUAUCUGCUCGUUGAUUUCAGGAUCAAACUAUUGAAACUACAGAAUAUGCAUGCUUUGAAUAUUUUGGUGACUCCCUGACAAGUUAACAUUACCACAGUAUAGUAGAGAUGGGGACUUAGACUUGGGACUUGGACUCAAAUCACACUUGAGUCACACACAGUGUAUUGAGGCUUGACUUCAAAGCAAAGUGUAACAGAGGUUGCUCUCAGUGAAGUGUCUGUUAUGCUGAUGGUAGCAUUUCUGUGUUGCGUGAAAGUGGCACAAAUCCCUGGUGCUGGCAUGAGUUGAAACCAUUCAGAAUAUAAUAAAGAU